CAACUGUGUUUUCAAAGAUUGACUUGAGGUCGGGGUACCAUCAAUCGAAGAUUAAGGAAGAUGACAUACCAAAGAGUGCUUUCCGCAGAAGGUAUGGACAUUUUGAGUUCCUUGUUAUGUCGUUUGGGUUAACAAACGCCCCAACAGCAUUCAUGGACUUGAUGAACCGAGUAUUCCAUAAAUCCUUGGAUCGAUUCGUGAUUGUGUUCAUAGAUGACAUUUUGAUUUACUCAAAGAGUAAGAAAGAGCAUGAAGAGCACUUGAUACUCGUUCUUGAGACACUACGGGAGAAGCAACUUUAUGCCAAAUUUUCUAAAUGUGAAUUUUGGCUAAAGGAAAUUGCCUUUCUCGGGCAUGUGGUUUCAGGAUCGGGAAUUGCUGUUGAUAAUAAGAAGAUAGGGGC